UGCUCGAUCGCCCGUUUCUCUUCGCCCCCCCUUCCCCUCCCCCUUUUCCUUCUUCUCGCCCCGACUCCCCAGCCCCUUUCCCCUCCUCCCAUCUCUCCUUAAACGGGAUUCCGGCUCGGGACGGCACCACCGGGCAUCCCGCGGCGGCAGCCCCCGGGGCUCCGGCAGGUCCCCACUGUCCCUCCGCGCACACACACACACACCCCACUCCACCCCGAGAAGCAGUGAGAAUUAUUACCCCCCACCCCACCCCCUACCCCGCUUCUCUCCCUUUAACCCCUCUCACCGGAGUGGCAAACCGGUCCGGGGGUGCUGUGUCCGCUGGGGAGGGCUCACCCCAAAGCAGCCCCCAGUCCCGGGGUGGGGGGCGAUGAGUUAGAGAGCGGCGUCGGAGCGCCCGGCCGGGGGCCGAGGCAGGAGGGCAUGAGACGGAGAGCAGCGGGGAUGGGAGGCAGCGCUCGCUGCUGAGAGCCGGCAGCGGCCAAGCUCCGAGGACGGCAGCCCAUACAGCUCACAGGGAUCUGCUUUUCAACAUGGGAUUGCAGCUGGCGCUCCUGCUCGCAGGGAUCGUCGCGCUCUCGGACUCAGCGAGAGGCCCCCCGAGGAUUGCAGAUAAAGUGAUCCACCGUCAGUCAGUGAGGCUGGGCAGGACCAUCAAGCUCCUGUGCCCAGUGGAGGGCGAUCCCCCACCCCUCACCAUGUGGAUGAAGGAUGGACGUACCAUCCACAGUGGUUGGACGAGGUUCCGGAUCCUUCAGCAAGGACUGAAAAUCAAAGAGGUUGAGAGUGAAGAUGCGGGAACCUACAUUUGCAAAGCCACCAAUGGUUUCGGCAGCACCAACGUGAACUACACCCUCAUUGUGAUAGAUGACACCAGCUCAGGAAAGAACAGCCAGACACCCGAAGGCUCUAAUGGAGAAUAUGAAGAUCAUUCUGGGAAGCAAUGGGCCCAACCCAGGUUCACGCAGCCUGCAAAGAUGAGACGCAGAGUGAUCGCCCGUCCUGUCGGCAGCUCCAUCCGCCUGAAGUGUGUGGCCAGCGGCAACCCACGACCUGACAUCACAUGGUUGAAGGACAAUAAACCCCUUAUGCCCCAUGAGAUUGGGGAGAACAAGAAGAAGAAGUGGACACUGAACCUGAAGAAUCUGAAGCCGGAGGACAGUGGGAAAUACACCUGCCGAGUGUUUAACAAAGUUGGGGAAAUCAAUGCAACUUACAAAGUUGAAGUGAUCCAGAGAACCAGAUCCAAGCCCAUCCUGACAGGGACACACCCCGUCAACACAACAGUAGACUAUGGUGGGACCACAUCCUUCCAGUGCAAAGUCCGCAGUGAUGUCAAACCUGUCAUCCAGUGGCUGAAGCGAGUGGAGUAUGGCACAGAGAGCAAGUACAACUCCACCAUUGACGUCGGGGGACAGAAGUUUGUUGUGCUACCCACAGGGGAGGUCUGGUCCCGUCCUGAUGGCUCCUACCUGAACAAACUGAUGAUUACUCGAGCCAAGGAAGAGGAUGCAGGAAUGUACAUUUGCUUAGGGGCAAACACCAUGGGCUACAGUUUUCGCAGUGCUUUUCUCACAGUCCUGCCAGAUCCCAAGCCUCCCAGUGCACCUGUGCCCCCCUCCUCAGUCAGCAGCCUUCCCUGGCCUGUGAUCAUUGGCAUCCCCGCCGGAGCGGUCUUCAUCUUUGGGACAAUCCUCCUGUGGCUUUGCCAGACAAAGAAGAAACCUUGCUCUCCACCAGCUGCUGCCCCUGUGCACCGGCCGCAGCCCCGGGACAGGAUCUGUGUUUCCCAGGUCCCAGACAAAGACUGCAUCUCCUCCAUAAACUAUGAGGAAUACGUCGCCCAGCAGCAGCAUUUACUGUCUCAAGGGCCUGCGCUCGCUCCGGCCAUGGCAUCCAAAAUGUACCCAAAGAUUUACACAGACAUCCAUACCCACACCCACUCACAUGUGGAAGGCAAAGUCCACCAGCACCAGCACAUUCAGUACCAGUGCUAAGAGGGCGUCCGUGUACAGAAGCUCGUGUGGGCUUUUCCUCCUGGUACCUCAGAAGAGACUGCUCAAAGUCAGCUCACACUGCCAGCAAUAGGCAAAGCAGACAGAAAAGAUUAUAUAUAUAAUUUUAAAUAUAUAUAUACAUAUAUAUAUAAUUGUAUAUGCGUGUGUAUGUGUGUAUAUAUAUAUGUGUA